UCUGUUCAUGUUUACGCCGAUGAAGUACAGAAAUGUUACUGCUCAAAUAAGUAUGGCAUCACAAUGAAAUCACCUGGUCAUUCAUGUGAGGAAAUUUUGCAACACUAUGCCAAACGCAGCGAGAGUCGCUCAAAUGGAAUAUACUGGAUAUCCCUUGAGGAACAAAGCGGCAGAAAUAUUGAAAACGCUUUCCCGGUGUUUUGUGAUAUGCAAGCUGGAGGGUGGACUUUGGUAUUUAAAACGGUAUCUGGAAAUGCUCUAAGAAGAAUUGCGUCAAUUUGGAAAGGGACGAUUUUUUCGCAAGAAUUUUCCCCGGCAGCCUUGAAUAAAAACGCUGAUUUCAAAAAAGACUAUAAAAACAGAAUUGUAAAUUUAAAAAAUUGGCAUACUUUUGGCCCAAAAGAGGCACGAGUGGUGUUGUAUAAGAAUGGUAAAGAACAACUGGUUUUACGAUUCAACGCUGUUUCAAGUACCUAUUUGGACUGGUUUUCUCACCCAAGACUUCUCGAAUCACCAUGGAAUGACCUAGCUGGCUCAACGUUUAAUCACUUUGAAAUCGAGGGCCCCUGUUGGAAUAAAGAGUGCAGAGAUUUUCAUAUCAAUUUCUCCUACGCACUAUUUUGCACUAUCGAUUUAGGUUGGCUCUCGGUAUCUUCAAUGGGCAUUACAGACGGCUGCGAUUGGGAGAAAAGGUUUCCUGGGAAUUCGUUCAUAUUUAGUAAGCUUCCCACGAAAGUCAAUUACAACCAGCAUAAUGAUGUCAGUGGCGACUCAGAUGUGUUUGCUGUUUAUGUGCGUUAAGUUUGGAAAAUAAAGAUUUGCUCAAUUUUAAUCAUUAAUUUUUAAGAACUGAAUACUCGUCAUAUGUUCAAUUAUGAAGAUAAACGUCGUUACAACGUUGUAUGCUGGCUGCAUGAAUGUUGGUCUGUACUGUUGGAUGCCAACGAUCCAGUGUUUAUAUGAAUAAUAUUAUUUUACAUAUAGAUAAUUGCCUGACAUUUUAUCCCGGUGCAUAUAGUGUUCAACUAUUGUAUUACGGGGAACUUUAUUAGCUCAUCCCAGUCAAAAUUAUGCGGUGUACUGCAUGUUGCUUAGUAUAUACAGGUGCAAGUCGAAGUUAUUUAUAGAAUUUGCUAAUGUAUAUGGUUUUCGAGGAAACUAAUCACUUCGUAGAAAACUUCGCUCUCACUGAAGUCAUUUUGUUGUCGGUUGAAGCCCAUGGAACCAGCAUUUUCACUUUGAAGAGCAAUUUCAAUCCAUAAGCCAGUUAUUACGAAAGGAACUUCCAGUAGUUCCAACUUCCACCAUAUUUUAUGCACUAAGUUUAAAAGGUCAUAGUCUUUCCAGCCUCUUUAACAGUUUAACCCCUCCUUGCAGGCGGCAGGCGUAAAU